AUGGUGCCACAAAUGGCCAAAAUCAACCUUCUACCUCGAUUGCACCUUCCCUCUGCUAAUGGACUAUUGCCAGGAACUUUUUCUGCAGAUGCUGAUGCAUCGCCCGACCUGUGCCCUCAAGACGACCAGAUGCCCAGCUCCGAAGACGAUGUCAGUGCCACUCUGUCUGAGCCUGAGCCUGAUGGCAGCAGCCUUACACGGGCAGGCGGUGGCGCGACGGCCACAAUCCAGGACCCGGCCGACGGUAGCAUAGAAGAGGAGGGCGAUGGCAUGCUACCCCGCGACAAACAACGCCGUACCGCCUUCUAUGACUACACGGCCGAGAAGCAAAUGAGCCAUACGGAAGCCAAGCAAUUCUAUCAGCGCCACCAGCUGGAAACCCAGUAUGGCGGCUCGCAAGCAGGCGACACGUCCAGUCCAGCCCUACGAGCCAAGACGUUCCCCACCACCAUGGCCAUGGCCACGGAAGGCGUCGACCUUGUGAGCAGAACCGACAGCAUUCGUUCACGCAAGAGCAAUGCCAGUCUCACCAAUCAAGGAAAUAGGUCUGCACUGCCUGUUGGCCUGUCACAUGCAGAUGCCCCACAAGAUUCACCAUCACACGCUGCCAACAUUCAUGGAAGCUAUGAUCAAGUCGACCCCUUGAUUCAGGCCGACCUCAACGCUCGUUCUCACACACAUCAUCCGGAACUGCCCCGUGAAUCGAAACCUCUACUUGCUGCAGAAGGCAUACACGGCGCAGGCGCAGGGAUAGGAGUAGGAUCGGGAGCAGGAGGCUUUGCCAUGUCCGACUCCAACGUCACAGCGGAGCUCAGUGCCAUUUAUACAAAUGUGCAAAAAGUGCUGGAUUUACGUCACAAGUACAUCCGCUUAUCGCUACAGCGUAAUUUCGACAAUCCAAAAGACGAGCCAGGGUGGCGCAUAUACCCACCUCACCCAGAGCCGGUGUGGAAUGACACCUCCAAAGAGCGUCGCAAUGCCUCUAGUAGUCUGCAGAGCAGCACCAUACUAGAGCCUACAGACCCACCAAAACCCCCGCGUAAAAUGGGUACAAACAUCGGAGAAGACUUUUACCUAGACGACCUACUACCAGUACCGGGUCCUGGAGAGAUGUCGUUCCGUCUGGAUGACAGUGGUGUAUUCCAGGUGUACGAAACUGCCAAGUCGGCGGAGCUCGAUCAGCCCAUCGUAGCGAUCCCGACUUUGCGUGAAUUCUACAUUGAUCUUGAUUCUAUCCUUGAAAUUUCUUCUGACGGACCUAGCAAGAGCUUUGCCUUCCGUCGCCUACAGUAUCUAGAGGGUAAAUUCAACCUAUACUACCUUCUAAACGAGUACCAAGAGACGGCCGAUAGCAAGAAGGUACCACAUCGAGAUUUUUACAAUGUAAGAAAAGUCGACACUCACGUACAUCACUCGGCUUGUAUGAAUCAAAAGCACCUACUGCGUUUCAUCAAGUCAAAGAUGAAGAAAUCACCCGACGAGGUAGUCUUGUUCCGUGAUGGUAAACACUUGACCUUGAAGGAAGUUUUCGAAUCCAUUAAUUUGACAGCAUAUGACCUGAGUAUUGACACUUUGGAUAUGCAUGCACACACCGACUCAUUCCAUCGAUUCGACAAGUUCAACCUCAAGUACAAUCCCAUUGGAGAGUCACGUCUGCGAACCAUCUUCCUCAAGACAGACAAUUUUAUCAAGGGACGCUAUCUCGCUGAGAUUACCAAAGAGGUCAUCGCCGAUCUCGAGUCAAGCAAGUACCAGUUCGUGGAGUGGCGCAUAUCUAUUUACGGUCGUGACAUUGACGAAUGGGAUAAGCUUGCUGCCUGGGUCAUUGACAAUAAGCUCUUCUCGCCAAAUGUCCGCUGGCUAGUACAGGUGCCGCGUCUGUUUGACGUUUACAAGGCGACUGGAUUGAUGGAUAAUUUCCAACAAGUGAUUGUGAACAUAUUCCAGCCCUUGUUUGAGGUCACAAAAGAUCCUACGACUCACCCCAAACUUCAUAUAUUUUUACAACGUGUCAUUGGCUUUGAUAGCGUCGAUGACGAGAGCAAGGUUGAAAGGAGAGUGUACAAGAAGUUUCCUUUUCCCAAGGAAUGGAGCACAAAGCAGAAUCCUCCUUACAGUUACUGGAUGUACUACUUGUUUGCGAACAUGGCAUCUUUGAAUGUCUGGAGGAAGCAGCGCGGCUUCAACACCUUUCUACUUCGGCCACACUGUGGUGAAGCUGGAGACACUGACCAUUUAGCUGCUGCUGUUCUUUGCUGCCACAGCAUCAGUCAUGGUCUGCUGCUUCGCAAAGUUCCACUCCUACAGUAUAUCUUUUAUCUCGAACAAAUUGGUGUUGCCAUGUCGCCUCUCAGCAAUAACGCAUUGUUCCUGGCCUAUGAACGUAACCCCUUUUUGAGCUACUUUCGCCGUGGUCUCAAUGUCUCGUUGUCCACCGACGACCCUCUUCAAUUCGCUUUUACCAAAGAGCCACUCAUCGAAGAAUAUUCAGUCGCAGCGCAAAUUUACAAGUUGAGUGCGGUAGACAUGUGCGAACUUGCCAAACACUCGGUUGAGCAAAGUGGCUUUGAACAUAUUGUUAAGCAGAAGUGGCUGGGUGCCAACUAUCACCUUCCAGGUGUCUCUGGCAAUGACAUGGCGAGGUCGAAUGUACCCAGCGUCCGGGAGGCGUUCCGACAUGAAACGCUCAACCAAGAGCUUCAGAUGAUCGAUCGCUACACCCGCGCCGCCCAGACGAGCGGUAACAAUCUCACGCGCUCAAAUCUGCAGCCCACGGAAGAAGUCUCCCGAACACCCAAGUCUCUUCACGGCAUGCCUGGCUCCUCAAACCAUUCCAUGCACGGGCAUCCCUCCUCAAGCGUCCUCGACCAACAACACUCGCACCCUUUUUCCACCUUACCGCCAGCAGCCCACUCGGGGCCCAUGUUCCCAGCCCAACAAGCUCGCCUACAUCCGUCUGCCUCGACACCCGACGUGCCUGCUCUGCAACCGCAGCCUGGCUCGCCUACUAGCGCUCAAGAGGGAGGCCAGCCUGAACGCCUGCGCCGUACUUCUAGUAUGACGGUCCAGCCCAAUAUCUUUUCUGCACCCCAGCCGCCACAGAGUCCCCAGCAUCUCGACAGCGAGGAGCCAAUGGGGUUGUCGAGAGUAACGAGUAGCAUGACCUUGGAUGGCGAGCCAAGAAUCUUUCCUGGCGUCGUUAGUCGGAGUAGGCGGAGAAGUAGCAUGAGGACCAGCCAGACGGAGGAGGGUGGAGAGGGACAGACAAGGUCCGGGCCUCUGUAG